AUGAUGAACAUUCCGUCGAGGUUCGGCCGAGCUGCGGCAGCUUACAACUCGUUUUUCGGGCAGCCGGACACCGUGAAUCUCUCUGCUCUCGGCUUGGGGCACCUAGCCCAGUUGGGCUUGGGCUUUCGAAGGACUCACAAGUGCCUGUUUGUAGUAGGGCUUGGGGCACCUAGCCCAGUUGGGCUUAGGCUUUCGAAGGACUCACAAUGGGCCAGCACCCAUUUCCCCCAGUUUCUGUCACCCGACUUGUGGCUAUUCUACGCGGCAAAGGCUUCAACAGCGGUGUGUGCAAAUCCAAAUGCGAAAAGGGCGGUCGCCGGAGUUACCAUGACCAUGAGUUCGUCGACGUCUAUGCAUCCGGUGGCCGAUAUGUGGUCGAGGUGUUUCGAAUUUACGAUUGCACGGCCAACCGAGGGCUACGCCGCCUUGCUGGCGAUGUUCCCCCGAAUUUUUGUCGGGAGACCUGACGAGCUGAGACAAGUGGUUAAAACCAUGUGCGCGGCCAUCAAGAAAUCGAUGAAGACAGCUGGCAUUGUUGUGCCUCCGUGGCGCCGCCUGGCGUAUGUGCAGUCGAAGUGGUUCGGACCGCAUGAACGAACCACUGAAGGCUCGAAUACCGGUGGUGACUCAUCGCCAGACUUCUUUGCACGGCAUGCGAAUAUGGGACAUUGUUCUAUUGCAGGGAUGACCUGGCAACGACUCUGA